AUGGCAUCUCCGACAACACCUAGUGGGAGCGGCGAAGCAAACUUUGGCGCGAGCAUCGGUGCGGGCACAUCAACGGGUGUUUCGCCACUUGAGCAAGAAGUGCUGGAUGAAUAUGCGCGGCUGUUGGGGAACAUGAAUCGGUUGGCAUCUACAUUGAAUGAUCUGGCUGGGUCCCCAACGGCCCAAAUCCUCGACGGCCUACGCGCGCUCGAACGCAAGACAAGUCUUGUCUUUACACUGCUCAAGGCAAGUGUAUACAGCAUCGUUCUCCAGCAGCAGAUCUACUCCGGCGAUGAUGAAGAGAAUGCGGGUGCACAAGGCGGGUAUGAUGAGCAUGCGGGCUAUGCGGAGGAUGCUGGAGACACUACGGCGUAUGGAGGAGGGAUUGAGUGGGGCAGAGGAUAG